GUCAAAACUGACUUUAUCGCCAGGGGUAUGGGGCUAUGUUAGAUACGGGCGACUCAAUCCUAAAGGGAAGAGCAUUCCGUAGUCGAGGCUUGGGAUUCACGGUUUGAUCGUCAGCGUCGGGGGCUUCGGUAUUUCCUCCUCUCGUCACAUAAUAUGUUGCCUCCGUUUCAUGCGUAUCUGACCGCAGGUAUCUUGUGUAUUUGCAGUUUCUUGAGCAGGUUAGCGCCAUCUUUGCAUCCCUUGAUUUAUUCCUUGGUUUGUACUUGUACUUUAAUCCAUUGUCACAGAUUUUUACGUUGGUAUAUAGUCUCAAAUUAUCAGCGAAAUCUUGGAGCGGCUGAUACUACUUCUUUAUUGCAUCAUCCAGGGGGUACGAUUUCGACUGUAUGCAUUGGCAUUCCAGGAACCAAACCCGCCAAACCCUUGGAUGUUUUUCGCUUAAAAGUCCCUCACACACUAUCCUUUGAUAGUCAGCCAUGCUGGCGCGCCUAUCAAAGCUAACCCCGUGAAUAGACAUUUGAUAACAGCUUUAUUUUUUCCUCGGCAGACCAUUCAGACGAGGACACCCACGCGAUCGCGGGGCCGAGGUUGAUCACGAUUCCAUACUCCGAGAUUUGUGGGCUCCUCUGAAUCGAGUGUGGAUGACCUCCGAUUGCUAGAU